GUUGGGGCAUUUGUUAUUCGCUUAGUUAUGUUACUUUUGCUGGUUAGUGCAAUUUGAGUUUCGCAAUCCCUGCUGAUGGAAUUUAAGUUCAAUAGCAGACUGUGGAAUCGGUUGUUCUGAUAGCAUAUCCCUGAACAAGGAUGAUGCAGCUAUAAUAUACAAGGAAGUUAUUUUUUGAGCUCAGAGUUGGAUGUUGGUUGAUAUGGGGAUGAAGUUACUCUAUUGAUAUGGGGAUUUGGGAUUUUACAGUCUAAUUGUCAAGGCUUCUGCUAUGCUCCCGGUCUUUUUUUUACAUAUAUCACAGCUUUUACUUGGUUGGCCUAUUUUCUUUCUCUUGUACAUGGCCGCAGGAUGCCUAACAGUUUGGGAUUUGUUCUGAAAGUGCUUGUGAUACAAUAUGAUUUGUAAAUUGGUUAUGCUGGCAUCAAGAGCUGUGCUGUUGAAAAUUGCAAGUUACAGUGGUGCAAUAAUUUUGGAUGUUGAAAGGAGCCUCUAACACAGAAAAUUUUGGGAUGCCACUGAUCCAGUCAAAAUGGAUGAGGAGGCUUCAUCUUUGACACAACAUCAAUCGGGAGAUGUUCACCCCUUAGUAAAUUGUGAUAAGAAGGAGGUUUCAGACCAAGUGGGAGACAUCCUUUCUCAAGUUUCACAGACACACGAUGUAAUCUUGACAUUAGACAAAACAAUUUCCUCAUUGGAGGUGCAGCUAGCAGCAGCCAGAGCAGCCAAAGGUGACAACAGUGAGGAAGGAUCUCCGGUGGUUACAAGACAAGGAACCGAGCAAUUCAAGGAGCGACAGAAGGUUUUCUUUGUUAUGGGAAUUAUGACUGCAUUUAGUAGCAGAAAACGAAGAGAUUCAAUCAGAGACACAUGGAUGCCUCAAGGAGAGGAGCUAAAGAGAUUGGAGAAAGAAAAGGGUAUCAUAAUACGGUUUGUUAUUGGACACAGUGCAUCUCCGGGUGGUGUUUUGGACCGUGCCAUUGACGCUGAAGAAACUCAACAUAAGGACUUUUUGCGACUGAACCAUGUGGAAGGAUAUCAUGAAUUAUCCUCCAAAACACAAAUCUAUUUCUCGACAGCUGUUGCUAAAUGGGAUGCUGACUUCUUUAUCAAAGUUGACGAUGAUGUUCACAUAAAUCUUGGUAUGGUUGGUUCUACUUUGAUGCGCCAUAGAUCAAAAUCUCGUGUUUAUAUUGGUUGUAUGAAGUCUGGUCCUGUCCUGGCACAGAAAGGUGUCCGGUACCACGAACCAGAAUAUUGGAAAUUUGGUGAAGAUGGAAACAAAUACUUUAGACAUGCCACAGGCCAAAUUUAUGUUCUCUCCAAAGAUUUAGCCACUUACAUCUCAGUAAAUAAGCACAUACUUCAUCGAUAUGCUAAUGAAGAUGUUUCUCUGGGUUCAUGGUUUAUUGGUCUUGAUGUCGAGCACAUUGAUGAUAGAAGCUUUUGCUGCGGGACUCCUCCAGAUUGCGAGUGGAAAGCGCAGGCGGGAAAUGCCUGUGCUGCAUCGUUCGACUGGACCUGCAGCGGCAUUUGCAAAUCUGUGGAGAGAAUGGACGAAGUGCACCAGCGGUGUGGGGAGGGUGAUGAUGCUAUAUGGCACACUAGCUUCUGAGAUAACUUUUUUUUACUUUGUUUGUUGUAACAUAAAUUUGUAUGGGAAGAAAGAAGAAAAAUGAAAAGGAAAAAAAAAUGGUUGAGACAAAAAGCCUCCUGCCCCAUUUUUGUUUUAAUGAUUUGUGUUGGGACAGAUGAUGGCAUUUUAUUAGUUAAUUUAAUUGUUGCACAUAUCAAUUAUCAAUCAAAUCAUCAAAUGAAAAAGAAAAAGAUUCGUAGA